AUGCUUCAAGACCAGGUAAAAGCGGAUUCACAUCGAACCGCUCGUGAGCUGUCGACCAGUAUUGACGCCAAUCAGUCCGCCAAGGUUCUUGAUUUGAAAUCAUACGGUAGGGUUCAAAAAUCUGACCGAUGGAUUCUUCACACGUUGGCAGACGUCGACCUCGACAGGAACUAUAGCCUGGCAUUUUAUGAAGUCAUUGGAGAAGAACGAACGACAACGAUUGCUGGUCAACUAUGGAAGCUUAAGAAUAAUCUGACGGACACCUGCGGACAGCGGCCCAAGAUUGAAAAAGAAUGA